AUGAUGCAUACAAGUUGUGUUAACGAGCCUAUUAUCUGUCAAGCUGCUGUUGCUUGGGAACCAAGUAAACCGCUAGUGAUUGAAGAGGUUGAAGUUGCUCCUCCAUCAAGUGGGGAAGUGAGGAUCAAGAUUCAUUCAUCUGGAGUUUGUCAUACAGAUGCAUAUACUUUGAGUGGUCAUGAUCCUGAGGGAGUUUUUCCUGUCAUUCUUGGACAUGAAGGUGCAGGUGUUGUAGAAAGCGUUGGGGAGGGUGUAUCGUCUGUUGUUCCAGGAGACCACGUCAUUCCACUAUACAUUCCACAAUGUAAUCAAUGCAAAUUUUGUCUAUCUAAGAAAACGAAUUUAUGCUCAAAGAUAAGGGAAACGCAAGGAAAAGGCCUCAUGCCUGAUGGAUCUGUUCGUUUCAAAUGUCGUGGUAGACAAGUGCAUCACUUCAUGGGCUGUAGCACUUUUAGUGAAUACACAGUGCUACCUGAAAUUAGCUUAGCAAAAAUUGAUAAAAAUGCCCCACUGAAUAAAGUUGGCCUUUUGGGUUGUGGCAUAAGCACGGGUUAUGGAGCUGUCUUUAAUACUGCUAAAGUUGAGAAAGAGAGCAUAUGUGCUGUUUGGGGUCUUGGAGCCGUUGGAUUAGCAGUCAUAAUGGGAUGCAGAAUAGCUGGUGCUAGAAGAAUUAUUGGAAUAGAUAUUAAUGAAAACAAGUUUGGUUUAGCUCUGUCUUUUGGAGCUACAGAAUGCAUAAAUCCUGCGAAGCAUUCUAAGCCGAUACAACAGGUUAUUGUUGAAAUAACUGAUGGAGGUUGUGAUUAUUCUUUUGAAUGUGUCGGGAAUGUGGGUACUAUGCGUCAAGCUUUAGAAUCGUGUCACAAGGGCUGGGGUGUUUCAGUUAUAAUUGGUGUAGCGGAGGCUGGGGCAGAAAUCUCAACUCGACCAUUCCAACUUGUAACUGGUCGUACAUGGAAGGGUUGUGCUUUUGGAGGUUGGAAGUCUCGUGACUCAGUGCCCAAACUAGUUGAAGACUAUUUAUCAGGGACGAUCAAGGUUGAUCAAUUUAUCACUCAUCAUUUUCAGUUAAAAGAUAUCAAUAAAGCUUUUGAUUUGAUGCAUGAUGGUAUUUGCAUCAGACCAAUGAUUCACCUCUUCGCUCCGUAA